AUGUCAAGUGCGAUCAUCUGGGUUCUGAUUUCUGCCACUACCAUAUUUCUGGCAUUGGGGUUGAAUCUGAUCUUAACCGUCAUCGGUUGUCGUAGCAAUCAAAAGAGGGCUGUUGGAUUUUUCCAUCCUUACACCAAUGAUGGCGGUGGUGGGGAAAGAGUUCUUUGGUGUGCCAUCAAGGCCAUCCAAGAUGAAUAUCCUGAUCUUGACUGUGUUAUAUACACUGGGGAUCAUCGUGAUGCUUCUCCCGGAAGCCUCUAUGGUCGAGCCUUUAAUCGAUUUGGGGUCAAGCUGCUCUACCCUCUUAAGGUGGUGCACCUUUACAAGAGGAGAUGGGUUGAAGAAGCAACCUAUCCUCGUUUUACAAUGAUUGGUCAAAGUCUUGGUUCAGUGUAUCUUGCAUGGGAAGCUUUAUGCAACUUCACUCCUUCAUAUUUUGUAGAUACCAGUGGAUACGCCUUUACAUAUCCAGUGGCCAGGAUGUUUGGAUGCAAAGUUAUUUGCUAUACUCAUUAUCCAACAAUCAGUUUGGACAUGCUUUCCCGUGUUCGUGGAAGGAAUUCUAUGUACAACAACGAUGCUUCAAUUGCUAAUAGUAAGUUGCUAUCCCGUGGCAAAAUUGUAUAUUACACACUUUUCAGCUGGAUGUAUGGGAUCGUUGGCUCAUGUGCACACCUGGCAAUGGUCAAUUCUUCUUGGACAAAAUCUCAUAUUGAAAAGCUCUGGGGAAUUUCAGAUCGAAUUAAGCUUGUCUACCCUCCAUGUGACACUUCAAGGCUUCAGGCACUUCCAUUGGAGAGGUCUAUGACACCACCAAAGAUUAUUUCUGUGGCCCAAUUUCGUCCAGAGAAGGCACAUCCCAUUCAGCUUGAGGCAUUUGCUGUUGCUCUAAACACGUGUGAUGUGAACUUGGCUAGACCAAAACUUCUGUUUGUGGGUAGCUGUAGAAAUGAAGCCGACGAAAAAAGGUUGCAGAAGUUGAAAAAUCAAGCUGUUCGACUGAAUGUGGCAGAGGAUGUUGAGUUCCAUAUUAAUGUGAUGUAUAGUGAUUUGGUGAUGCUUUUGGGCGGGGCGGUUGCUGGGAUACAUUCUAUGACCGAUGAGCACUUCGGCAUCUGUGUAGUGGAGUACAUGGCUGCAGGCGCAAUUCCAAUUGCUCAUAAUUCGGCAGGCCCAAAAUUGGACAUUGUGUUAGCAGAAGAUGGGGUACAAACUGGAUUCCUAGCCCAGAAUGUGCAUGAAUAUGCGGAAGCCAUUGUUAAAGUCCUUGAGAUGCCUGAAUCCGAGAGACUGUCAAUGGCAGCGGCAGCCAGGAAUCGUGCAGCAAGAUUCUCAGAAGAUAGAUUUUUCGAUCAUUUUAAGGCGUCCCUGAAGCCAAUCAUGAAUCCAAUUUCUAAAUGA